CAAUACCGUCUUGAGAAUGGAGGUGCAACCCACCAGCAUCAUCCCAUUGACCGGCCACGACCUUUGAGCUUCGGCAUCGUCUCUUCACUCUUCACUUCGACGGCACUUCAACAAAGGAGUCAUUUCUGUCUUCGCUUCGGAGAAACGAACCUCGGCCCCUCUGAAGGCCGUCGCGAUGCGCUUCAACGCUCCGUUCUGGUAUGCUUGCCAGCUCGUCGCUCUACUGCUUGUGGCAGUGGAGGUGACCAGCAAGAGCGCGACAGGCUCCCGCGCUCUGGUUGUCCUGGACGCCGAGCUGCCGCGACAUCAUUUCAGCCAGUUCUUUGGUUCUUUGGAAAAGGACUUGGACUUGCAGCUCACGUUCAGACAGCCCAAAGACGAGAAGCCAGCCUUGACCGAGUAUGGGGAGAACAAUUUCGAUCACUUGCUUUUGCUCGCUCCCUCAGCCAAGUCCCUCUCGGCCGACCUCUCGCCGCAAGCACUAGUCUCCUACCUGAAGGCUGGAGGGAACAUUCUCUUUGGUUUGUCACCUCAUCUUGCCGAGAGCUAUCGAGACCUGGCAAGAGAGUUCAGCAUAGAGUUCGAGCCUCGUGGGUCAAGAGUGGUGGACCAUUUCAGCUCCCUCAGAGGCGCGGAAAACGACACGUCGCUGCUUUUGGACAGCGCUUCAACCGCGGCAGUCGCAGACAUUGCCAGCAUCUUCUCGUCGGCGAGACCAGGCGUUCUGCAGGUGCCGAAUGCGAUCGCUCACCGGCUCGGCUCCAAUCCGCUCGCGUUUCCACUCAUCCGGCCUGCUACCACCAGCUAUUCGCGCGAUCCCAGCGCCGACGCAAGUGGGGCCGUUCUCGCAGGAUCCGCAGAAGACGCUGCCAUCGUCUCUGCCUUUCAGCUUCGCGAGAGCAGCUCUAGAGCGGUGUGGUCGGGCUCUGUGGACAUUUUCAGCGAUGCAUCGUGGAAGGACGGGAGCCGCAGAAGCAGCCGAGAUGGCACCAUCGACACGAAGCAGACCAUCAACAAAGAAGUGGCCCUUUCGAUUAUGUCUUGGGUGACUCAGACGACGGGGGUAGUCAAAGUAGCUGGUACGUCGCACUCCAGAGUGAGAAGUGGACCCGAGGAUUUGCGCGAAGACUACGAGGAGACCAUUGGUGAGGAUGGCAAGGAAGUACAGAGAAUGUACAGGGUAAAGGAUCAUGUUACAUUCAACAUUGACCUGGUAGAGUACAGGAGCGGCCAGGGGUGGUCACCAGCAUCGAAACACCUUGAUCUGCAAGUGUCUCUCGUUAUGCUUGAUCCCUUCAUCACGACUACGCUGCGAGCACUGGAUGCACCGGUAAGCAUCGCUCCAUCUUCCAAGCUCGCCUACUUGAGCAAAUCUCAACAAACAACGACACCAGCAUCCACGCGGUACACUGCCACGUUCCAACUGCCCGACCGGCAUGGAGUCUUCACCUUCAAGGUGGACUGGGCAAGGCAUGGCUGGAGCUAUAUCGCCACGCGGGAUACCGCGCCCGUCCGACCAUUCAAUUCUGACGAGCAUCCGCGGGGAUUGAGUGCUGCUUGGCCUUACGUCACUGGCGGCUUCUCGACUCUUGCUGCCUUCACUCUGUUUGUCAUCUUGUGGGUCACGUCCGUGGAGAAGGCAGGCAGCCGGAAGAGCAGGAGCGGUAGCAAGGAGGAAUGAGUUUCUGAUCAUGUUCAAUCAAUAGCAGCUCGCGCGCCCACGCAGGCUUAGAAGCGCGCAGCACCAAACCGAACAAUUUUGAACCUAAAACAUUCCCACGAGCGCCUUGGUGCAUCAUGAACGACAGUUGCUGAGCGUACGAACCGAUCUGGCAGGGAUGACCCUCCCACCUCGCUUCUUAAGCGGAUCCGACUCUGCCGAGCGGACGUCUGUCUUUAGACCUCGCGCGCGGGGCCGUAAAAGCACGCGCUGCUUUGCUGGAGCAGGGUUUGCUUGUUCGUCGGGCACACUUCAUCACUGUUUUGAGCGCAAAGGUAGUGUAGUCAGGAGUGAAAGACUUCGUGACUACACCCGAGUCUCCCCUCACCUCUCGGGCUUUCGGACACAGCGCAAACCCUUCUGAAGUCGAUUUAUUUG